CGCAAUGGCGGAAGCACAGCCCAAUGUCCAGGCUAUCCUGGCUGCCCUCGCUGGUAAGUUUAUAGCUCCUUUCCUUUUCCUUCCAAAUAUUAUAAUAUCUCUAGAUCCAUAGCUAACCAUGCUUCUGUCCCUUAUAGCGGCCCAAGGUGGUGCACCCUCAACGCCCUCGCAAGGCAAUGCCCCGUAUGGCACUCCAGCAUACCCAUCGAACCCUGCUGUCCCUAACCCGUAUUCGACUAUGCAACCCGGAGCUCAGCCCGUGCCCUAUGCCAGUAGCGGGUAUCCUAUGCCGCAGUCUUCGACCUCUGGAAGCUUUGAUUUGAGUGCCAUUAGACCGGUCAACUCUGGGACCGUCCAUCUCAGCGAUGCUAUUGCACAAGCUAGAUCAUAUGCAGCUGAGCAAGGCUUGACGCCUUAUGAGCAACCACUCUCGGGUGGUUAUCCGCCACAUGAUGCUCGUACUAUCGAUUCCAGAGUAUAUAGAUCUCGGUCGCGAUCGCCUCGCCGUCGUGAUCCAUUUCGUGACAACUUCAAUCCUUAUCGAGAUGAGAGACGUAAUGAUCGUGCAAAUCCGCGUGACUAUGGUCGCGACCGCUCCUUAUCACCCGGCGUUAGCCGCUCUCGCUCUUCUGGUGGUGCUUUCCCUCCUCGUGGCGCAAAUAGCCGUGAUCGAGGUGUCGAUGACGAUGAUUCAGAAAUCAUUGAGAUUGAGUCAAGCCUUGUAGGCCUCAUCAUUGGACGACAAGGCGAGAACCUCAGACGUGUUGAAUCAGAGACCUCGUGCAGAGUGCAAUUCAUGUCGCCCAGUGGAGAACCAGGCCCUUACCGCCAGUGCAAAAUCACCGGCCUUCGUGCUAGACGUGCUGAAGCUAAGGCCGCUAUCAAUAGAAUCAUCGAGGACAGUGGAAUGGGCGCCUUAGCACGCGCAGGUCUUGAUGGGCCCCGACAUGCCCGCCGUGAUACCAAUGCCCCUCCUGCUGCUAGCACAAACAUGAGCGCCAAUGCCAACCAGAGUGCUGUCUCCCCAAGCACCCUCAGAGAUGGAGAGGCUUGUAUGCAGAUCAUGGUCCCUGAUCGUACAGUUGGCCUGAUCAUUGGCCGCGGAGGUGAAACGAUUAGAGACUUGCAAGAACGCAGUGGCUGCCAUAUCAAUAUUGUCUCUGAAUCCCAGAGCGUUGAAGGUCUACGACCCGUGAAUCUUAUUGGUCCUGAAAAUGCUGCUGAACAAGCCAAGGAGCUUAUUCUUGAAAUUGUUGCCAGUGACAGUCGCAAUGUCAAUAAUAGCAAUGAUGGUAACAGAGCUCGUGCACCCAGAGUCGACCAUGGCCAUGAUAACGCCCAAGUUGGUGGUGGUGGUGACAAGGUCAACGAUUCUAUUUACGUGCCCUCUGAAGCUGUGGGUAUGAUCAUAGGUAGAGGAGGUGAGACCAUUCGCGAAAUGCAAAACACGACUAGUUGCAAGAUCAACGUCUCGCAGUCGUCAGGCCCUGGUGAAGUGGAACGUGAGAUCGGCCUUGUUGGAUCCAGAGAUGCGAUAAACCGGGCUAAACGUGCCAUCGAGGACAAGGUUGAGGCAGUUCGUCAGAAGAACAAUGGUGGCGGUGCGGGCCGUGGCGGUGGUGGUGGUGGCGGCAGAAACCAACAACGCCGUGACUGGGACAGCCCCAGCUAUUCCCAACAGGGAAUGAGCAGCCAGCCGGCUGGAUCGAUGAGUGCCUCGACUGGUAGCGCUGUGCCAGCCGCUCCUGCUAAUGGGGCUGAAGACCCCUAUGCUGCCUAUGGUGGAUACCAGCAGUACUGCGCUCUCUGGUACGCCUAUAGCCAGCAAGCCGGAAGCCUGCCUCAAGGUGGCGAGGCUCCUCGACCUCCGGGAGCGUAAAGGCUUUGCUUCGUACCUUUCUAAUCGAAUUCGAUGGUUCCAUCCACGUUACCCAUCGACGCAAACGAGCUGCAGGGAUUUAUCUGCAUUUAUUUCGCCAUUAUAAUAUAUUGGU